ACUCAAUACUUGACUACAAGAACUGAAUCCGCUGAAUUAAAUAUUCAAAUGUUCUAUUAUCGUCCUUCUCGACAUAUUAUUAUUAACGAUUACGGGGUAUUAUGAGAGCUGUGACAGGUAAUAGCCGACCUGUGGGGUCACCAAGAGUGUCGUGACCCCUCUCCGAUCUGCGCCAAAGUGUACAGCAAUCGAUUUACAAUUCCAGUUCGUUAUCCGCCAGAUAUUUCGUUGCUCAAUUCGUAUUGAACAAACAGUCUGAACACGAGUGCAAAUUCUGGCUGUCAUUCACCCUCAGCUCUCGGAUUUUGCCAUUUUUUUUUCUUAUGACGAAAAAUUCAGUGAUGACUGUUGAGAAAAAUGGAGGAAGGGUCACGAGGGUCAACAGCGGGUCGAGAAUUUACAGUAGCGGGAGGGGAAGUGCCGAUAGGGUUAAUUCUGCCCCUUCUAAGAAGAGUCUCUUUAAUACUAAAGAUAACAAUCAACACCUUUGCAUUCCAUGUGACAAAAUACCCAGGAAGCUACCAAAAUCUGCAAAAGUGAUAACAAAAUCAGAAUACGAGUACUUUCGUAGUCGUGCACUCGAUGGUUUACGAACGAAAGAAGAUAAAGAGUCAGCACUUCUGGAGUUGGAGAACGAGAAGGCACGUUUACUGGCUGAAUCAAUGGCCAGAAAAGAGGAGAUAAAGCAGAUAGACCUGGCGAAGCGUCGGGACAAAGCUCUGAAGCUCGACGACCUCGAGGCCGAGGCCAGACGAAAGACAAUGCACCUCCUGGAGCGAGCUUACGACUUAAAACUAGAGCAGGAAGAGGAGAUUCAGAUGUGCAACAGGCUCAUCCUCGAGACAAAGUGUCGAGCAAUCAGAGAUCUCCAGGUGUCCGAGAAGAGGAUAAUCGAGAAGGAGAUGAACGACGAGGAGAAGCGACUCAAUCAGAUGAUAGAGAAUGAACGAAAACAAAAAAUGGAGGAAGAGGCCAAGAAGGAGGAGGUGGAAAUGGCGAGGAGGAGAAAAUAUGCGAGAUUACUUCGUAAUCAGAUUUUGGAGAAUGAGGAGCAGAAGAUCAUCGAGUUCGAGAGGAAAAGGGAGGAGGGAAAGCUCAUCAACUUGAGUAACAUUGCGUGGCAGGACGAGGAGGUUGCCAAGGCCAAGAGGAAGGAGGAAGAAGCCUUGAGAGUUCGACAAGAAUUGAUCAUAGAAAAUGAAAAGCUGAUGAGGUACAAGCAGAUGGAGAAAGAAGAACAAAGGAUACUCGAUCUCAGAAUUCGUGAAUACCAAAAGAAGAAAGCAGAACGCGAAGCUGCUCAGGCUGAAGAACAGCGGUUGGCAAAAGUGCGAAAGGACCGCGAGAGAUCUCGAAUGGCAGCCCAGACACAACAAGCCACCGAAUUACAAUCGCAAAUAGACGAGUUGAACGCAGCGAGAGUCCAGGAGGAGGUGGAGCGCGAGUGGCGACGAAAGGAGAAGGAGGCAGCCCUGAAGAGAUUGGAGACACGAAAAGUCUUGGCAAUGGCACGAGAGGACCAGAUCAAGUACAGAAAAAUGCUCCAGGCGAUGGAGAUCGAGAGAGAGAGGCGAGAAUUCCAGAAGAUUCUUCAGUACCAGAAGGAGGCGAUCAGCAAGGAGCAGAGAGAGAGGGAGGAGCGCCAAAAGGAGGCACAUCAUCAUCGGAAAAUUAUUCUUCAACAGGUUAACGAGAAGGAGGGAAGGAAAAUCGAAUUGAGGAGGAAGAUGUUCGAGGAGGGAAUGACUAUCAGGGCGGAGAUGGAGAUGAGAAAGAAGAGACUGAGAGAGGCUAUGGAGAAGAAGUGCAAGGAAAUGAGGGCUAAUAAUGUUCCGGAGGUCUACAUCAGUGAGGUCAAGGCGAUGAUCGAUAAAGUUAAAUAAUUCGGAAUGUCCUGAUUUUGUAUAAAUUUUAUUUCAUGAGAAUAAAAUUAGUGGGGGAGUGGUAAACCGAGAUCGGUCACUUCUGAGUGUUGACCAGUUCUUGAUGAAUAUCUCAAGAUCUAGGAGAGAUAACAAAAU